UACCACAGCAUGACAAUGUAUACAAAUACAAAUACAAAAUUAUUUAUUUGUCAUUAUGUGAGUCAUCUAUGUAGUAUUAAUCAUUGUAAACUUACACAACAAUUAAGAUGUCGGGUAAUAUAUAACGUGUUACACCACUGAAAGUGGCGUGGGUACAAGAUAUCAACAUCAGCCAUCCAAAAUGAAUGAGAUUUUUUUUUUUCGCGAUAUAGGGGUUGGUCUCAUAGUAAAAGUUGAUCAGUAUGACCGAUACAUGUUACCCACCCCACUUUCAGUGCCUGGUGUAACACGUUGUAGAUGUGAAAAGUUACUCUUAGGUAUCACCCCCAAACACGACGUAAAAGCGAACGUCAUAAAAUGCGAUCUUUUCACACCCAUGUUUUAUACCUAGCACACUGACAUUGCGGCUAGCUGCGCCUGUGGGACACUGAGCGAUUGCGAUAAGUUGAUAAAACUGAUAAGAUAUUCGUAUUUUGAACAUCAUAUCUAGCACACGUCAAGUAAGCGUCAGUGCUACGAGGAAACUCGAAUAAAGAGUCUCAUAACUUCUAGUCAAUCGUCCACAGUCUUUUGUUUUAACGGCGAUCUUGAAUGUGUCAAACGUUUUUUACUGAUAUUUUAAUCGAGUGUCCAUUGGUGGUGUUGUAAAGUGAGAAGGGUGUUAAAUGGAAUAGGAGUGAAAGGGAGGCGAGAUGUUUGUUGGCGCGCGAGCAGCGCAAGCGCUGCAGCAUGUUAACUUGCUCCUUGUGCUGUUCGCCGGUGCCGCUCUAUCCACGGGCGCUCGCCUCCGCUGGGACCCGACCCUCUACAUUGCGAUCCGAGAGCUGCUUCCGUUCGAAUACUGCGUGCUGGCGGGGGCGGUACCGUCCGCGGGGGCCGCGUUACUGUUCGCGGCUCAUCUUGCCAUCGUGGCCUCCCAACGCAGGCCCAAGAGGAUCCUGCUUUACACGUAUGCAGGCCUAAUGACGCUCGGGAUGGCACUAGAGAUAGCACUCGGCGUCUGGGUGUACUCCCGCAUAGUGGCCUUCAUGAAUUCCCCUGCGGCCGAGGAGAUGGAGCAAAUCCUGGCCACGAGGGAGCACCUACACCCGCUGCUGGAGCAUUUGUCGCGGUGGCACAAAAUACCGGAGCAUCUUAGUGACCUUGUCAAGGAGGCAGAAACAGACGCCCCCUGGAACGGUUACGUAGCCGCCGCAGCCCUGGCAGCCCUCUUCCUACUCCAGCUCCUCGGCGUGGUGUUCGCGAUCCUGGCGGCGCGCGCGCCGGCCAAGGCUAAACGUUAUGUGCAUACAAAGUAUACAAACGGUGGGCUCUCGGCCAGUCGCGUGUCGCUUGUGGAUUCUAUCAGGUACGGCGGUCGCCUCACCGCUCAGAAUUGCAAGCUCGUAAUCGUUUGGCUCUCUCUGGACAGAAGCAGCCUAAGCGGCCGGAGCAGAAGCAACGAGAACGUGGUCCCUCAGACGCCGGCCAGCGUCAGGAGUUAUCGGAGCGGAAGGAGCGAGGACUAUGCGCCGCUGAAGGCUAAGUACAAGAAUGGGGUUCUUGUGCCGGUGUGAAAAUUCUAAGUAAAGGAAUAUCUGCUCAGGUCCCUGUUUCACAACGGUGACAGUUGCCAAUUCGCCGUAGAUUGCUGGUCCAACAUGGAAAUAUUGACGCUACGUAAUGAUAUUACUUAUCGACCCGGAAAUGAACAGAAAAUUGUCUGCGUGGUGAAAUAGGUGCCAGGUAUACCGAUUAAUACUUUAGAUUAGACUAUGGCCACGACUACGCUGCCACACUAAGUGUAAGGUCUGAGUGGACCCUCGAAGCGGAGCGUUCGGCGGGGCGUGCAGCGUGGCGUCGGGCUCAUAAAUGUGAUUUGAGCAGCGUGCACUAAGACCGCUCCUAUACGUUUGCAUUUGUUUAACAUGCACGCCACACGCCCCGCUGCACGCCGAACUCGAGCGUCCAAUCAGGCCUUACACUAAGGCUGAACACGAAUUACUCUCGAUCUCGAGGCAUGUCGUAUUUUUCUUAAGUACUGCGUUAGUUACUGAGAUAUUGAUUGUACAAGUUGUGAAGAAAAAUCGUUCUUCGUUUCCAUAUGACGUAGAUGGCGCCAUAUGUAUUGUGGUUAAAAGUUCUUUUGAUAAUCAGAGUUACCACAUUAUGUUAGAAUCGUACAGCGUACAGCACAUACAUAUCUGAGAAAUUUACUUAGACCUAUUAAUUUAAUCUAGGCGUAUAACUGUUUAUUAAUAAUUCUUUGACCAAUAGAUAUUCAAUUACCUAUCACGCGUGUCUUAAAUAUGGAGUUGGCUCUGAAAUGAAUGAAUGAAUGUUGAGAAUGAGAUUUGUGCAUGUUAGGACUGUACUAAUGAUAAAAAUUCUAUGUUACCUUUAAAUUACUACUUUAAUGUGUAAUAAAAAAUGACAUUUUCUAUAAAAUAA